CCCAGGGCGAUGCUGAGGGCCUGGGCGCUGCGCUGGGGUCUCCCUGCACUGCGCGCCCCGAACGGGGCAAGGCCCCAGCCGGCCCGAGUCCCUCUGUGCGGUCGCCGCCUGGGGAGCUUAGCGGGUCGCAGCCUGGCGGCAGCCGGACUCCAGCCACAGCUGGACAAGUUUGGCGGGGUAACCGUGCACCUGGCUCAGCUUCACGCUCCAGACAGCCUGGACCAAGUCACCUUCCAGGGAUGGCUACAGGAGUCUGUCAAGCAAUGGAGAGCAGAAGGCAGAAUAGCAGUCUGGCUGCACAUUCCUAUCCUUCAAAGUAAAUUCAUAGCCACUGCUGCUUUGCAGGGCUUUACUUUCCACCAUGCAGAAUCAGACUCAUCCACGCUGACCCUGUGGCUAGGAGAAGGGCACAGCAGGUUACCAGGGUAUGCCACACAUCAGUUAGGAGUGGCAGGUGCUGCAUUGGAUGUAGACACUGGAAAAGUAUUGGUUGUACAAGACAAAAAUAAAACUAGAAAUGCAUGGAAAUUUCCAGGAGGCCUGUCAGACCCAGGUGAAGACAUUGGAAACACAGCAGUUCGAGAGGUUUUUGAAGAGACUGGCAUUAAGUCAGAGUUCAAGUCCCUCAUAAGCAUAAGGCAGCAACAUAGGCACCCCGGAGCCUUUGGGAUAUCAGAUAUGUAUAUCAUCUGUCGCCUGCAGCCUUCCUCAUUCAACAUCAGUUUCUGCCAGCAGGAAUGCUUGAGGUGCGAAUGGAUGGAUCUUGAGGAACUUGCCAAGACUAAAGACACUACUCCCAUCACCAGCAGUGUAGCUAAACUGCUACUUUAUGGAUACAGAGAAGGGUUUGAUAAGAUUGAUAUAACCAUGAGAGAAUUUCCAGCAGUUUACACAGGCCUAUUUUAUAAGCUGUACCAUAGGGAGCUGCCAGAUACUUAUAAAAACAUGACAGAAUUCUAAUAAGCUUCACAUUUCAUUAAAUUCAUAAUUUAGAAUUGGAUUGUUUUAAAUUGUGGGCUUACUUGUACCAUAUUAAAAAUAUUCCUGGA